GUCGCCGAGUCGUUUGGUUGACCAUUGAAAACACAUCAUAUUCAAAUAAUUUACAUAAUUUGCAUUAAAACAACACAUUGGAAAGAGCAACAGUUGGCUGCCUUUAUCAGGGUUGCCACCUAGCUCAACUAACAAUAUUAUUAGGAACGUAUUUUGUUUUUUCGUGUUGUUGGCAACUCUGUCAGCUGCCGGCCGCUAUGUGAAAGAGCUCGUAUCUAUUGCUUAUUAUAAGGAAUAAAAAAAACAAACGUUAGCGAUAAUCACACUUAACAGCAGUGUAGCCACCAGCACCACGUGAAGCAACAAUAGUGUAGCAGCUUGUGUCGUCAGUGUCAGUUAUAAAAUUCCGGCUGUUUAUUGUACCCAUUGCUUAAUCGCUCAAGUGCAAAUAAACGAUUAGAUUUCAAGAGAAAACUAUUCAACAGCAGGAUGAACUCAAUACUAAUAACGGGCUGUAAUCGCGGGUUGGGCCUGGGACUUGUGAAGGCAUUGAACAAACUGCCGGUGCCGCCGCAGCAUCUUUUUACCACAUGCCGCAAUUUGGAGCAAGCCACAGAUCUAAGGAAUUUAGCCAAGGAACAUUCUAAUAUUCAUAUUGUUGAAAUUGAUUUGAAAAAUUUCGAUGAAUACGAUAGGCUUAUUAACCGAAUUGCUGAGGUGACUAAUGAUUGCGGCCUUAAUGUGCUCUUCAAUAACGCUGGUAUUGCACCCAAGUCUGUGCGACUUGGUGCCACCAGGCAUCAAGAUCUGGUUGACACGCUGCAGACAAAUACCGUGGUGCCCGUAAUGCUGACCAAAGCCUGUUUGCCACUGCUUAAAAAGGCAUCCGAGGUCAAUGCGGAUGAAUGCAUGAGCGUUAAGCGUGCAGCUAUAAUCAAUAUGAGCUCCGUACUAGGGUCCAUCAAGUCGAACACGGAUGGUGGGCUGCUGCCCUACCGAGCUUCUAAGGCAGCCCUAAAUGCUAUAACCAAAUCGAUGAGUAUCGACCUAGCACCCCAAAAGAUACUGUGCGUCAGCAUUCAUCCCGGCUGGGUGCGCACCGACAUGGGUGGUAGCAAUGCUCCACUAGAUGUGAGCACGAGCACCACACAGAUUAUAGAGACUAUUUGCCAGCUUAACGAGUCACACAACGGUGGCUUCUAUCAGUACGAUGGUGCAGAGCUACCCUGGUAGAGUUAAACAUCAUAU